AACCAUCAAACCUAACUUUGCUGAAUGUUGACAUAGUAAAUGUGUGCUUCAUCUCGCAAGGCAUUGUGCUUUUAGUUAUUAAAUUAAUUUAAAAAUUUACUAUUAAUUCAAAAAAUUUUCCGGUGUCCUCAUUUUUGAUUCAUUGGGAAAAUGUGGUUAGAAAUUUAUGUCGAACAAUGCGGUUGCUUUUAAUUGAGGAAUUGCGACUCUGCGUCACAGCGAUGAAGAAAUUUAAAGAUAAACUUGCAAAGGGAUCUUCAGGACAUGUCUCUAUGAUAGAAUGGAACAAGCAUGAUGACAAAAUGUUGGACUAUACAGUUAAUGGUGAUGAGAACAAACUUAGGUUGGCUUUGGGAAGGAAAGGUGUUUCUCCUUUGAAGAAGAAAUCCGACGGGAAGACCUUGCUAGAUGUCGCAUGUGAACUUGGGAAUGUCUCUUGUUUGGAUGUUUUGCUCGAGCGAUGUGCUGAUAUUGUUUCUGUUAGCAAAGCUGGCAGUUCAGCACUACAUACGGCAGCAAAGACAGGGCACGCUCAAUGCUUAGCAAAGUUGUUGCAACAUAAAGUAAGAGUUGGUUCCCAGGACCAGGAGAGGAUGACAGCAUUACAUCACUCCGCCAGUAAGGGUCAUUCAGAUUGUGUUACAGUCUUGAUUACCAGCGGCGCCAAAUUGAAUAUCAGAGACAAGGAUGGUCGAACACCUUUAUUGAUCGCCAUUCAGGCAGCAAGGGAGAUGAUCGUUAAAAUGCUGGUUGAAAACGGCGCCAAAGUCAAUUUAACUGACAGCUCUCAAAAAACACCUCUAAUGUACGCUUCUCUGAUUGGUCUAAAAGAGUCGGUUGGAUUGCUACUGCAAAAUGGUGCCAACCCCCUUUUGCGGGAUACAAAUGGACAUAUAGCGGAAGAUUUCGCUCGAAUCAGUGGCUAUUCAGAGAUUGUCGAUAUGAUUUCUAGUGCUCCUGUUCUCUUGCAGUGGAGUAUGGCUGACGAAUACAUUGAUGAUGAAGACAUACCAUCUCAAGAUGGUUCAAUUAUUGGUAGUAACGACGGAUCAGAUGUCGCCUCUGUCAUGUCUCGUCCUGAUUCAGAUCAUUGCCGCGAAAGUGUGUACAGCAGCGAUAGAAUAUCUUCGUCGCAUUCUGUUUCUACAUCUGUUUCGUCUCCGUCUACUCAAGCUACGAGGCGUAAAGUGAACGUCAAUCGAAUGCAGGAACUGGAAAUGGAAAAUAGUCGUCUAAACGUGCAACUGCGUAGUUUACAAAUGGAGCAGUCGGUUGAGGGCAAAGUGGAUCGUUUGAGCUUGGAGGAUAUUAACCACAACGAAACUAAUCAAGAUGAAUUAGCGAACGAUGAGCCAGUCAGGAUUGAAAUCCUUCGAAAAAGCUUGGAUGCACUAAGAGUUGAAAAUGAACGACUACGGAAUGAAAAAAAUGACAUCAACGUUGACGACAGUAUUCCCACAAUACCAAUUACGGUUUAUCAACAGUUGAAGGAAUCGAGUGAGGAAGUAUUGAACACUUUGAACGGAAACGUUACGAAUUUGAAGAAAGAAAACGAACGCUUAAGACGUCAGAUUUCAGAAAUGAAACGUCAAACGACGAACGAGUUGCUGGGAAAAGCUGAACAGAAAAUCCAUGCCUUGGAAGAGCAAGUGUUCCGACUUCAAAACCAGCUCGUGGAGGCGGACAACGAACAUUCGAAGACAAUCAACAUGUACAGACUUCAUCUACUCAAUGCUGUGCAGGGAAAUAUGAACAGUGAUGUGAAGAACGCAUUAGAACUCAUUCUAAGAAUAAGAUACGACGAGCAAUUUUGCUGAGUGAGAACAUCGACUCAUCGCUGGUGUUCUCAAAAAGCAACUUCCGUCGACUGACCUGCUUUUUGUUUGAUUUUUCAAUGUUAGCUCUCUUUAAAGCCUGGUUCACACGAGUAUGAAAGGACGCUAAGCUCGAGCACCAACAUAAAGUCAAAGAGUUCACAUGAAAGCAGAAGAAAAAGGAAUAUUUCAUUCGUUGUGCUAAUUUACAAAGCUUAUGUUAGUGUUUUUGUCGCUGUGAUUUAGAACCUGGUUAAAAUACGUAAAUUUCCCCAGAACUCGAAACUAUUCGAUGCGCAUACUUGCUUAUGUCUGUUAUGUUUUUACUAGUUUUACAGUGUGAACUAGGCUUUAAAGGUCAUUUGAGGUUUGUGUGUGUGGUCGCCUCAACAUACAGAGUAUACUUUUGCUAUACUCUUACAUGCAUGGAUCGAAAUCUUCAAAGGUGAAUUUUUCGCAUUAAUUACUAAAAAAGAAGACGGUACGUUAAACUGUACAUUCAUCUCAAUCAAACUGAGUUAGACGCUCAAAAUCGGGGGGGCGGGUUUUGCGCAUUUGCUCAUUUUUCGUAAGUUUGAAGCAAAAGAAAACGAGUCGAUCUUGAAUCCGAAAAUGUACAGUCCAGCAAAAAUUCCCACCCUGUAUUUAUUUCCCAGUCUCUUGAAGUAAAAAAUCACCGGGAAUUCAAUCUCAUACACAAAAAGCACAUAUCGGACUGGAAAGUUGAUAUUAAAGUAUGUCUUGCGUGAA